AUGUCUGCGCCCUUAAACGAAGAAAUUCAACACAUUUCUUAUUGUAACAUUCGUCCUGUUGUUUUUCACGGCUAUGUUGCACCAUUUAUUUUUAUAUACGGCGCAUGGCUAUAUGUGUGGAUAGCAAUCUAUGGAACUGAGGAAUAUUUUGAAGGUGGCUUAAUAGCGUUAGCGAUCAUCGGUCUCAUCCAAGUGCUAACUUCGCUAUUUUGUUUGUGGUCGAUCGGAGUCCGAUGUGCACUAACGUGUGCUACAGUCACUGAUCCUUUUAAAGCAGACUGGGCAAAAGUUGUUCCUACACCAAACAAUGGAUUUACACAGCUUGUUAGACUGCACUAUGAUAACGAUGAAAAUGGCAGGGAGCUCUGGUUCAUCUUCCAGAAAACUAAAUACAUCUAUGAUGCUGAAGAGAAAAAACAGUUUUUCCCACUCUCCUUCCCGGAUAACCAUUCCAUUAAGUACUACAUGGAAUGGCGGGGCUAUCAAGAAGAAGCUGAGAUAAAGACGGCUGAGAAACAGUUUGGAAAAAACAAUAUGGCGAUGGAUAUCCCGAAGUUCAUGGAACUGUUUCAUGAGCGAGCGACGGCGCCGUUCUUCGUGUUCCAGGUGUUCUGUGUGGCUCUGUGGUGUCUGGAUGAGUACUGGUACUACAGCAUCUUCACACUCUUCAUGCUGAUCGCGUUCGAGGCCACGCUCGUACAGCAGCAGCUACGCAAUAUGUCCGAGAUUCGCAAGAUGGGCAACAAGCCGUACGUCAUUCAGGUUUACCGGAACCGAAAAUGGUUGAAAGUUUUGUCUGAUGAACUUCUUCCUGCAGAUAUAGUAUCAAUAGGUCGAUCUCAAGAGGAUAGAUUGGUUCCCUGUGAUAUGUUGCUGUUAAGAGGGCCGUGUAUUGUUGAUGAAUCCAUGUUGACUGGAGAGUCGGUACCAGUCAUGAAGGAAGCUGUGGAGACACUGGAGAUGGAUCACAUACUGGACAUGGAACUGGACGGUAAACUCCAUGUGUUGUCAGGUGGAACCAAAGUUGUACAGCAUACCCCACCGAGCAAAACCGGACCUGGACUCAAAGCCAGUGACAAUGGAUGUAUAGCGUAUGUUCUCCGACAUGGUUUCAACACGUCACAGGGUAAACUGCUGAGGACAAUCCUGUACAGUGUGAAACGAGUCACAGCCAACAACUUGGAGACAUUUGCCUUCAUUCUUUUCCUUCUCAUAUUUGCGAUUGUAGCAGCUUCCUAUGUCUGGAUUCAAGGAACGAGAAAUCUUGAAAGAAAUCGUUACAAGCUGUUCCUGGAAUGCACUCUCAUUCUGACGUCAGUUGUGCCACCGGAACUGCCAAUUGAGUUAUCGCUUGCUGUAAAUACCUCACUGCUGGCUUUGACCAAGUUGUUUGUAUACUGCACAGAACCAUUCAGAAUACCAUUUGCUGGAAAAAUAGAUAUUUGCUGUUUUGACAAAACCGGAACACUAACAAGUGACAAUCUGGUGGUAGAGGGAGUUGCUGGUUUGAAGGGAGCAGAAAUCCUGCCUGCGAUUGAAGCACCGCUAGAGACAAUACAGGUGAUGGCAACGUGUCAUUCGUUAGUACAGCUCGACGAAGAGAUGGUGGGUGACCCUCUGGAGAAAGCCACACUAAAUGCCGUACAGUGGAAACUCACUAAAGGUGAGGCUGUAAUACCGAUUAAGCGAAAUGCUCAUGGCUUGAAAAUAUUUCACCGAUUCCACUUCGCCAGUGCACUGAAAAGAAUGUCGGUUAUAGCAGGGCACACUCCACCGGGUGCCAUGGAUACAGAGUAUAUAGCCACUGUCAAGGGGGCUCCUGAAACACUGCAAAAAAUGUUCAAGGAUCUACCAAGUGAUUAUGAUUCUGUGUAUUUGGCCAUGGCUCGCAGAGGAGCACGCGUCUUGGCUCUAGGCUACAAAAAGCUGGGCACCAUGUCACAUCAGCAGGUUCGUGAAACUACCAGGGAUGACAUAGAAUGUAAUCUUCAUUUUGCUGGAUUCAUCAUCAUAUCCUGUCCACUGAAGAAUGAUUCCAAGUCCUCUGUCAAGGAGAUCCUCUUGGCAUCUCACUACGUUUGCAUGAUAACUGGAGACAAUCCACUGACUGCUUGCCAUGUUGCUAAAGAACUGAGAAUCACAAAGCGAGAGACUGUCAUUCUUCAACCUCCAAAUGAAAGUGAAUCCAGCUGGCAUUGGAAGUCCAUUGAUGACAGUGUGGUGCUCCCAGCCUUUUCACUGGACAUGAGGAAAGAUCUCAUUAAUGUCUACGAUCUCUGUCUCACAGGAGAGGCUCUCUUAUACCUUCAGUCAGACCACCCGAAGCUACUUAAGAUUCUUCUGCCAAAUACUAAAGUUUUUGCUAGAGUAGCACCAAAACAAAAGGAAUUUAUCAUAACCACUCUGAAAAGCCAGGGAUACACAACUCUGAUGUGUGGAGACGGGACCAAUGAUGUUGGAGCUCUGAAACAUGCAGAUGUUGGUGUUGCUUUGCUAGCCAAUGCCCCGGAGAAACUUCCAGAGAAGAGACGUCAAAGGGAAGAGCAUGUUACUGGUGCUGAUGGCGAUGCCUUCAAUGGUAAGAUGCCACUGUCGCCACCUAGUGGCCAGCGAGGAAGGCUGACCGGGAAAGCCAAACAGAGAGCUGUCGCUAGGGGAGACAAUUUGGCCCCAACACAGAAAAAAUUGGCUUCCAUGUUAAAAGAUUUGGAAGAAGAGGAAAAGUCACAGCUAGUUCGUCUGGGAGAUGCUAGUGUGGCGUCUCCGUUCACUUCAAAACUUUCAACAGUCAUGAGUGUAUGUCAUAUCAUCAAACAAGGCCGGUGUACGUUGGUGACCACAUUGCAGAUGUUCAAAAUCCUCGCCCUCAAUGCUCUCAUCCUGGCAUACAGCCAGAGUGUGCUGUAUCUGGAUGGGAUCAAGUUCAGCGACGGACAGGCCACCAUGCAGGGUCUCCUACUGGCGGGGUGCUUCCUCUUCAUAUCGAGAUCAAAGCCACUUAAGACCUUGUCCAAACUGCGACCACUGCCGAACAUCUUCAAUUUUUACACAAUGUUGACUGUCAUAUUACAGUUUGCUGUACAUUUUACCAGUCUGGUAUAUCUCGUCAGAGAAGCUCAAAAACUGGAUCCAAAAGAGGAACCAGUGAAUUUAGAAGCCGAAUUCAAGCCAAAUUUAUUAAAUACGACUGUAUAUAUUAUAUCUAUGGCUCUACAAGUAUCCACAUUUGCAGUUAAUUAUAGGGGUGAACCAUUUAUGGAGUCACUAAAGAACAACAAACCACUGGUGUACAGUCUAUUGUUUUCUGCUGGGGCUAUAGUCUGUUUGGCCUGUGGCUUGAUUCCGGAUAUAGCUGACCAGUUUCAACUAGUGCAGUUACCUAGUGAGUUCCGCAAUACUGUUAUCACGGUGAUAUUAACGGACAUCAUCUCGGCGUUCAUGGUCGAUAGAACAUGUCGCUUUUUGUUUGGAUCAGGGAGAUUAAAACAGGCAUGAAGAACAUAGCUGUGAAAUGUUGUGAGGACAGAGUCACUGGUGCACAUGUUUCGUAAACCUUCUUGGCAGUAUUUAUUUGAAAGAAGCUCUGUACACUCAUUUCCCUAAUGUUGAUACAGAUUUGUAUUGCCUUAUUAUUUAUAAUUCAGUUUUACAAAUAUGUGGGAAAUAUUAGGGCUGAAACCAACUAUUAAAAUCUCUUAAUUGACUGAAAUUUAAACGAGAGAAAAAGUCACACUUUUAAUUGACCCUGACUAGUGUUAUCUAUUGCAGCUUAUUUUAUGAUCCAUAGUGCGAAAAUAUGAACAUUAGGGGCUUUAUUUUAAGUCUUUUUACUCAGAAGACUGUUUCAAAUCUAGAAAAUCAAAUUUGGUUUUAGAAUAAAAUGACAUAGAAAUUAGGCAUGCUUAUUAUAAAGUAGAUAUUUAUGGUAUUUUUUUUAUUUAAAUGUGGCAAAAGAAAAUACAAAUUCUUUCAUUGUAAGUUGUGGCAUGUUCUUAAACUUAAUGAUUUAAACAACAGUUUUAGACCCAACAAAAGGAUAAAUAUUUUGUUCUGACUGGUCAACGGGACAUUAUAUCGUUGUCUACGGUUUGAUAGUUAACUAACACAUUCAUCCCUAAAUAAUGUUAUUUAACCAGACGCAUAAUAUUGAGGUAAAUUGCAUACCUAAAUGAGAUUUCAGAAGUUCAACAUCGUCAUUACAGUUUUUUGUUUUUGUUAAAACCUCAAUGUGCAUUCCAUUCUUUUGCACUCUUGAUUUUGAGCCUUAUAUAUAUUUUUUAUAUAUUGUUAUAUAACCCAUAAGAAAUAUGACAUGACAUGAACUAUGAAAAACAAGUGUUCAAAAUACAUUGUAUUUCACUGUUUCACUAUUUAAGGCAAAGAAUCAAAUAAUAUUAUUACUUGGUGCAUAAAUAUCUGCUGGAUAGGGGAUUGAAAAUUUUCAUAGAAAAGUUUUAUUCUUAAGCUAUGGCCUAGAUUGACAAAAGGUAUAAUUUGAGGUUAUAUUCAGAAGAAAAAAAAACCUGGAGAAUGUGUCUACAAUGUUAUGCAGGGAACUGUGCUCUGGUAUAUAUAUAUAUACCUAUAACUACAACACCAAGCUUUCACUUUAUUUUUGUAUUUACAUAUAGUUAAGAUUCAAGCACAUGUUCCUGGGUAAUUACUUCAGCUAUCUGUCCAGGCUCCACACUAUUAGUAUCCUUGUGCCAUAUAUUGUAGUAACUUAAUAUAUACUCCUGCUGGAAAGUGGUCCCUUUCAAAACCUGACAUAGAGACAAUGUAUACAUAUACUAUUUUGUGUGUAUAAAGGUCAUAAUCCACGAAGGCAUUUUAUGCUGUGGUGUCAUGGUGCAUGAAAUGUGUGGGUGAAAUGCUGUCUUCUGUAAUGAUCUUACAAUGAAAAGGUUAAAAAAGCCAUCACUCAUUGACAGCUUAAAAUGCGAAAACAGCUUUCAGAAACAUUCACAGGGCAACUAGUAGGAUGUCUGUAUUUGAGAUCAGGGCCCAGAUUUUGUAAACUAUCUUAAGACUACGAGAUCAUAAAACUGGCAUAGGCUAUAGCAUCAAUUGUGACAUUAUAGCUUAUAACAGAUUUACGAUAUCGCAGCACUAAGAUUGCUUCGAAAAUCUCUAGCCAAGUCAUCGUGACUAGGAUCGAUUCCCCCCAUUGGUGGGCCUGCUCUAACCAGUGCACCAUGACUAGUAUAUCAAAAGCUGUGGUAUGUGCUAUCCUGUCUGUGGGAUAAUGCAUAUAAAAGAUCCCUUGCUACUAAUUGAAAAGUGUAGUGGGUUUCCUCUCUAAGACUAUGUUGAAAUUACCAUCUAAUAUCUGAUGAUUAAUAAAUCGAUGUGCUCUAGUGGUGGUGUUAAACAAAACAAAGUUUACUUUUUUCUGCCAGUGUUUACCGCCAAGAUGAAAACAGUUGAUAACUCGUGAAAUGGGGCAUAAAAAUGUAAAAACAAUUAGGUGGAAUGAGCCUUUAUGCUUUACUUCAGUCAUCUAGAAACAUUCACUACCAACUGAUACUUGCAAAAAAAAUUAAUGACUUAUCAGGGCUAGCUCUGGGUGUGUAGAAAAUUUCGCCAAAUUAUCUAUUAAACUCCGAAAAUAUCAAUCAUUACAUUUACAUAAAUUAUUUCGCCAAAUUAAAAUCAAAUUUGGCAGUUGUGUUGUGAUGCUAGCUCUGAUUGUAUGUUCAGGUACACAUCAACAAAUCACUCUAGCCAGUGCACCACAACUGGUAUAUCAAAGACCAUGGUAUGUGCUAUCCUGUCUGUGGGAUGGUGCAUAUAAAAGAUCCCUUGCUACUAAUGGAGAAAUGUAGCAGGUUUCCUUUCUAA